AUGCGCGGCUUUCGUCGUUGUCUUGUGCUGGUCGCGGCCGCCUUGCCUUCCGCGCCUGAGGCGAUCCCAGGUCGCUACAUUGUCACCUUCAAGAAGGACAUUUCCUCGGAUAAUAUCAUUCAGCAUCGGAGCUGGGUGUCUAGUAUCCUUGCUGACAGCGAUGCAAUCGAAAACGUCAUCACCGUCCCAUCCUUCAAUGCCUACUUCGGAUCCUUCUCGGACGUUGUGAUCGACCGCAUCAAGUCGGAUUCUGCGGUUGAGCGGGUCGAGCCGGACCAUGUCUGGCAUCUGUCGGCCACAGUUAGCCAGCAGCCAGCGCCUUGGGGUCUGCGCAGUAUCUCCCAUCGCAAGCCCGGCGCCCCCAACUACGUCUUUGACGAGCGGGGAGGGCUAGGUACAUUUGCCUAUGUUGUCGAUACAGGAAUCAACUACGGCCACGUCGAGUUUGAAGGUCGUGCUCAUGCUGGAUUCGUUGCCGUUCCUGGGCCCGAUAUUGACACCUAUGGGCACGGCACACACGUUGCCGGCACAAUCGGCUCUCGCGCAUAUGGUGUCGCCAAGAAGACCCAGUUGAUAUCUGUCAAGGUCUUCCUUGGAGAAAGCUCAUCUACAUCCAUCAUCCUGCUCGGCUACGCCUGGGCUAUCAACGACAUCGUCACCAAGAAUCGUCAGGCUGUUAGCGCAAUCAACAUGAGUAUAGGCGGCUCGUUUUCCGAAACGUUCAAUGCUGUCGUCGCAGCAGCCGAUGCCCUUGGAGUAACUACCGUUGUCGCCGCUGGUAAUGAAGGCGUCCCGGCAAUUACCACCAGCCCUGCCUCGAGUCCUCACGCCAUUACAGUUGGGGCGAUCGCCCCUGGAAAUGUCAAAGCUUCGUUCUCGAACUGGGGAACUGCUCUUGACAUUUUCGCACCGGGCGUGGAUGUCCUAUCCACCUACAUUGGAUCUCCUGUCGCCGUGACGACCAUGUCCGGGACGUCCAUGGCCAGCCCGCAUGUCUGCGGACUGGCUGUGUACCUCAAGUCUCUGGAGCUCCUGCCCGAUCGAAAGACCGUCGCCGCGCGCAUUGCGACACUGGCUACCAAAGGUGCUGUUGUUGGCGAGGGCCCUGGCUCGCUUAACAGACUUGCCUUUAAUGGAGGUCCUACCCUCGGCCCGGUCAUUGCACUCAAUGCAACAAAAGUGUAG